AUGGAAGAUCCAAUGAUGCUACAGUCGGCCGUUCGCCUGCCAACUCCUCCGCCUGGCAUAUCCUUCUCCCCCCAGCCCCUAGGUGCUCGAAAACGGUCACCACCCUCUCGUUCCCCCUCACCUGACCGACGACGCUCUCCCCCAAAUGGCUUUUCUCGAGACGGGCCUCAUGGGCCGUAUGGCGAGACCGAUCGUUCUGUGGAUCGGGAAAGGGAGCAACAGCUCGCGGAACGGCUGCGAAAGCGAGAAGCUCCAGCAAAAGCCCUUACCGAAGAAGAGAAGCAAGCUGCUGCAAAAGCGGAAUAUGAGAAGCUGCUGAAUAUGCGCUCUGGCGGAACGUAUAUUCCCCCUGCGAAACUCAGAGCACUGCAAGCUCAGAUCACGGACAAAACUAGCAAGGAGUAUCAGCGGAUGGCAUGGGAGGCUCUCAAGAAAUCCAUCAACGGUUUAAUCAAUAAGGUCAACGUUUCGAAUAUCAAGCAUAUCGUCCCCGAGCUCUUUGGCGAAAACCUCGUCCGGGGAAGGGGUCUUUUUUGUCGAAGUAUUAUGAAAGCGCAGGCGGCCAGCUUGCCCUUCACGCCCAUCUACGCUGCCAUGGCUGCUAUUGUCAACACCAAACUUCCACAGGUCGGUGAGCUUUUGCUAAAUCGGCUCAUCGUCCAGUUCCGCAAGGCUUUCAAGCGAAAUGAUAAAGCGGUUUGUAUCUCGUCGACUACUUUUAUCGCGCACCUGUGCAAUCAACAGGUGGCACAUGAGAUGGUCGCGGCGCAGAUUCUCCUUCUUUUGCUUCAUAAGCCUACGGAUGAUAGCGUGGAGAUAGCCGUAGGACUGACAAGGGAGGUAGGCCAGUUCUUGGAGGAAAUGGGAGGGCCGAUCGCGCUGGCGGUGUUUGACCAGUUCAGGAAUAUUCUCCACGAGGCAGAUAUUGAUAAACGUGUGCAAUAUAUGAUCGAGGUGUUGUUCCAGGUCCGUAAGGAUAAUUACAAGGAUAAUCCUGCGAUCAAAGAAGAGCUCGAUCUCGUCGAGGAGGAGGACCAGAUCACACAUCGCGUGAGCCUUGAUGACGAAAUCGAUGUCCAGGAUGGACUCAAUAUUUUCAAGUACGAUGCUCAGUGGGAGGAACAUGAGACGGCGUAUAAAACUCUGAAAGCCGAGAUUCUGGGUGAGGUUAGUGAUGAGGAAGGUGGUGACGAGGAGGGGACGGAUGACAGCUCUGAGGAAGACGAAGAAGAUGAACAGGACAAGCAGAUGGAUAUCAAGGACCGGAGCAAUACGGAUCUUGUCAAUCUGCGGCGGACGAUCUAUCUUACUAUCAUGUCGAGUAUUGAUUUCGAAGAAUGCUGUCACAAGCUCAUAAAGAUUACCUUGCCGCCAGGACAGGAGUCGGAGCUUCCGUCCAUGAUUAUAGAGUGUUGCUCGCAGGAACGGACUUAUUCCAAAUUUUACGGCUUGAUCGGGGAGCGUUUUGCGAAGCUCAACAGGCUCUGGGCGGACUUGUACGAGGCUGCCUUUGUCAAAUAUUAUGAGACCAUCCACCGCUACGAAACGAACCGGCUCCGGAAUAUUGCAAAGUUCUUCGGACAUAUGUUCAGCUCGGACGCUAUUGGAUGGCAUGCAUUGUCAAUAGUGCAUCUUAAUGAGGAAGAGACGACAUCCAGCAGUCGUAUCUUCAUCAAGAUUCUCUUCCAGGAACUCACAGAGGUCCUUGGAAUGACGAAACUACAGGCAAUCCUCAACGAUGAAAUACUCAAGCCCAGCUUUGAGGGAUUGUUCCCAACUGAUAAUCCAAGAAACACCCGUUUCUCAAUCAACUACUUCACAAGUAUCGGCAUGGGUGUUCUCACAGAAGGGAUGCGGGAGCAUUUGAAAAAUAUGCCGAAGCCAGCCAUCCCCGCCCUGCCUGCGCGAGCAGCGGAAUCCGACUCGGAAUCCGUCAGCUCAUAUUCAAGUUACUCAUCAUACACCGGCACCUCGAGGUCCCGUUCUUAUUCGCGCUCCCGUUCUCCUUCUCGUGGUCGAAGGUCAGGUUCGUUCUCUCGCUCUCCCUCGUCUAUGCCUAGAUCCCCAGGCACCAGCAGGAGCAGGAGCAGAGACAGAAGCUACACCCCAUCCCGCUCCCGCUCCCGCUCCCGGUCUCCACCAACCAGAUGCCGGGGCAGACAGCCCUCAUAUUCCCGAUCCCCAACUCCUGCAUCCCGCAGAUCUCGAUCCGUCUCAUAUUCUCCCGUCCGCCGUCGAUCACCGCCCACCCGAAGGGACGAAUCGGGAGGUAAAGCACUUGCCGGCAAGCGAAGCAGCAAGCGCUCACCAUCACGCUCAGCCACCCCACCCCGCCGCCGCGGCCAAGCCAACGGCACCGGCCGCAGAGCAAGAAAUUACUCAGUCUCUUCAUAUUCACGCUCCCCAUCUCCCCCGCCCCGCUCAAGUAGGGGACGACGACGACAUUCGUCUUCACCUUCAUCUUCCCCCUCACGCUCCCGUUCUCGCUUCCGUUCACACUCCCCACCGCCGCGAAAACAACAAAAUGACGGCAGAAACCGCUCACACCAUCGAUCAAUCACGCCCCCUCCACGCACCAGAACCCACCACAGAGGCCGAAGCAUGAAUAGACACCCGUCCGUAUCCCCGCACCGCUCCCCUUCCCCACCGCCGCGAAAACAACAAAAUGACGGCAGAAACCGCUCACGCCAUCGAUCAAUCACGCCCCCUCCACGCACCAGAACCCACAGAGGCCGAAGCAAGAAUAGACAUCCGUCCGUAUCCCCGCACCGCUCCCCUUCCCCAUCUCCACGGUAUUUGCGAAGGGAGAGCACGUCUUGUUCGCAAUCGCCUCGUCGCUCUGUUACUCCGCAAAAGCGGGCGCGUGUGCAACGUGGUGGGGGCGGUGGUGGGCGACGACGUUCAUUUUCUCGAUCACGGUCUCGGUCUCGAUCUCCGUCCCGGUCUCCAGUUCGAGCCCCGGUGUCUGGUGGGCGGGCGAGGGCGGCUGAUUUCUUGUAG